UGUAAUAUUCCUCAAUGUAUUAUAUAACAACUAUUUCUUACAAAUAAUGAAAUAUAAAUCAUAUUAUAUACAGGGUGCGGCCAAAUAACCCCUGUGAUUUCUUAUGAAAAAAUGAAAAUUAAAAAUAAUGCAUAUACAUAUUACAUAUAGUUAUAGACAUGCAGAGCUAAUAGUUAAUUCUAGUGUUGUGAUUGGUUAGAUGAAAUAAAUUUGUUUACUGUUGAUUGUGAAUGCAUCUCAACUGAGUGAAAAAAUACAAAGAACUGUUUAAAAUAAUUUAAUCAUUAUAUUGAAAUUAAUGAACACUUGUCGAUAAUCCAUAGUGGUUUAUUGGUCUUAAAUACAAACGAUAAUUUGGUUUAUUCGAUAGGUUAAAAUAACUAUUAGCAAUAUUAAUAUUCAACAAACUGUGAAGAUGCCACCAAAGUGCAAAUUUCAAGAAGGUGAAAAGGUAUUGUGUUUCCAUGGACCAUUGAUUUACGAAGCCAAAUGUUUAAAGUCAUCCAUCACGAAAGAGAAACAAAUUAAAUAUUUUAUUCACUAUGCUGGUUGGAAUAAAAACUGGGAUGAAUGGGUGCCAGAAAGUCGUGUAUUAAAAUAUAACGAAGCUAAUGUACAAAAACAGCGUGAAGUGCAAAGAGCACAUUCAAAUCAACAAAGCGCACAAAAAAAUAAAAAAGGUAGCACAGGCUCCAAAACGCAAGGAAGAAGAAGCGAUGUUGGUAGAGAAAAAGAUACAGAUAGUAGAGCUAGCACACCAGUAGCAAAUGUUGAUAAAAGUAUUAGUCGAUUUAGUAAAAGUGCUAGUAGUAUUGUUACACCUUCAACAUCUCAUGAUACUUCUACAACCGAGGCACCACGCAAAAAACGCAGCCGAGUAGAACCAACAGGUGAAAAUGAAGAAUAUUUGACUAAGGUUGAAGUUAAAAUUAAGAUACCGGAAGAAUUAAAAUUUGUACUGAUAGAUGAAUCGGAAGUAAUAUUAAAACACCACAAAUUACCAGUCCUUCCUGUUAAGAAUACAGUCGAUAAGGUUCUAGAUGAUUAUGUAGAAUCAAAGUCACUUGGAAAACCUGAAUCUACUAAGGAAAGCAUUAUGGAAAUAACUAAAGGAAUUAGGGAUUACUUUAACAUUACUUUAGGUCUUCAAUUAUUAUAUAAAUGGGAACGUCCACAAUUUAUCCAGAUGAUGAAUGACAAUCCAGAUGUGUUGCCCAGUCAAAUGUAUGGAGCAUUUCAUUUACUUCGACUAUUUGUUAGACUAGGCGGUAUGCUAUCCUAUACUACUCUAGACGAAAGAAGUAUACAGUUAUUGUUAUCGCACUUUCAUGAGUUCUUACAAUACUUGCAAAAGAAUCAUGUUGAACUAUUUAAUCUGCAACAAGAUUAUACUGAUCCUCCACCAGACUAUCAUCGAAAGUACGGUUAAGAAAAUACUAAAUAAUUAACAUACUAAAUCGUUUUCAUCUAUUGAUCGUAGUAUACUGCAACGGCUUACGCACUGUUAAAAAGAGUUGUAAAUUAUUGCGAAUUUUACAAUCUAUUUUAUAGUAGAUAUUUGUUGAAUCGUCUGAUAAACAAAUAAUAAUAAACAUACUGACGGAAACAUA